AUGCCCGUAACCAAAGAAGUCCUCGACGAAAUUGCCCUCAGCCAGGCCGAAUACGAGAUGAUCGUUGAACGGCUGGACCGGGAACCCAACCCGGUUGAAUUGGGGAUGUUUGGCGCCCUAUGGAGCGAGCACUGCGGCUAUAAACAUUCCCGCCCGCUUCUCCGUUUUUUCCCCAGUAGUUCCCCUCGCGUGUUAUCCCAAUCAGGGGCCGAAAACGCCGGUGCCGUUGACAUUGGCGACGGCCUGGCCGUGGUGUUCAAGGUUGAAUCGCACAAUCACCCGUCGGCGGUGGAGCCUUUACAGGGAGCCGCGACCGGCGUGGGUGGCAUAGUCAGGGACAUUCUGGCUAUGGGCGCCCGGCCUAUUGCCCUGUUGAACUCGCUGCGUUUUGGCCCACUGGAUUCACCUCAUAACCGCCACCUGUUUCGCCGGGUGGUGGAGGGCAUUUCCUGGUAUGGGAACUGCAUUGGAGUCCCCGACGUGGCAGGAGAAAUCUACUUUGACGAGUCCUAUUCCCACAAUCCGCUGGUGAACGCCAUGUGCGUUGGCCUGGUGGCAACGGACAAACUGGCCUCAGCCGCCGCAGGUCGGGUCGGAAGCGUGCUCCUGCUUGUCGGGGCCGAAACGGGCAGGGACGGCAUUCACGGCGCAUCGGGUCUGGCAUCACGGACCUUUGAAGAAGAACAGGAACUGCGUCCCACCGUCCAGGUUGGCAACCCCUUCCUUGAAAAGGUGCUCAUUGAGUCCUGCCUGGAAGCACUGGAAACAGGCUGUGUUAGCGGCCUCCAGGACCUGGGAGCGGCCGGGCUGACCAGCGCAGCCAUAGAGUCGGCUUAUCGCGGUGGUCGAGGCCUGAUACUGGACAUUAGCCAGGUGCACCGGCGGGAACCCGGAAUGUCGGGGUACGAGGUGAUGCUCUCAGAAUCCCAGGAGCGAAUGCUGUUGGUGACGGCCCCCGAGCAUGUGGAACGGGUCCAGCAAGUCUUCCGCAAAUGGGACGUACCCUGCCGCGAGAUCGGGCAGGUGAUCCAGGAACCCCGGGCCCAUGUGCUUGAGGGAGACCGGCCCGUCGCCCAACUUCCGAUAAAGCACCUGACCGAAGCGCCCCGUUACAGGCUUAAUGGUCAACAGUCUCUCGAACAGCGGGACAGGCAGCGCCUCGUUCUGGACGAAAUACCAUUGCCGAGGUCCAGCGUGGCCGAUACCUUGCUGCGGAUGCUGGCCGCGCCGAAUGUAGCCAGCAGACGAUCGGUCUACCGGCGCUAUGACCACCAGGUACAGACCAAUACGGUGGCAGGGCCGGGCAGCGACGCCGCCGUGUUGAGAAUCAAGGGAACGGGCAAGGCCAUCGCUUUGAGCAUAGACGGCAACGGACGCUUCUGUUACCUCGACCCCUAUCGCGGCGGGCAAAUCGUGGUGGCCGAGGUGUGCCGAAAUCUUUCCAGCACCGGCGCGGAGCCGUUGGCUCUGACCGACUGCCUUAACUUUGGCAAUCCCGAGCGUCCCGAAAUUUAUUACCAACUGGAAUGGAGCAUACGUGGCAUGGCCCGGGCUUGCCGGGUGUUGGGUGUCCCGGUGGUUAGCGGCAACGUAAGCCUUUACAACGAGUCCCAGGGCCAGGCAAUUUACCCGACGCCGGUCGUUGGUGGAUUAGGACUGCUGGAAGACGUCACGCGGCAUGCCAAAUCCUCCUUUCCCGAAGAAGGACUGGAUGUCUACCUCGUGGGCCAGAGAAACCUGAGGCCCCGUGCAUCCGAUUUGGCCGGCAGCGAGUUUCUGCAAGCCAUCCACGGCCUCGUCGCGGGAAGACCUGCAAUCAACCUUGCGCUUGAACGACGGGUACAGGCCUUGUGCCGCAAGGCCAUAGCCCAGGGAAUCGUCGCUUCCGCCCACGACUGCUCCGAUGGGGGGUUGGCCGUGGCGCUUGCCGAAUGCACUUUCGCCGAAGGCAUAGGCUUCCGAGGGGUCGGUUCCUUGUCCAGAUUGAUGGCGCGCUGGGAUUGUUCUUUGUUUGGAGAACGCCAGUCCCGCAUCGUGGUGUCGCUGUGCCCCGAAAGUGUUUCCGGAAUUGCAGCGAAUGGCAACGGAACUGGACGUUCCUUUGCUGGAGCUUGGCAAGACGGGCGGCUCCCGGUUCCGCCUGGGAUCAUACGCGGACCUGGAAGUCUCAGAAAUUGCCGAUGCCUGGAGCGGUGCGCUGGAACGGGCGCUCGUGGAUUGAGAAAGCAGCCUGGGGAAACAAAUCCGACUACACUAUUAGAAUUCAGGGGCGACCACGUGGUCGCCCCCCUCUCAUUUGAAAACGCGGCGUAG